AUGUUGGUGGGGGAGAUGCGGAUCUGCAAGAGCAUGAAAGUGACACGAGAAGAGCUCCGAGACAACGUUCAUCUGCAUGGAAUCGAGGACCUAACCAGCCUGCAGUCUGCCAAUAUUUACGCGUGGGUACUCGAGGAUGUGAAGGCUUACAAAAAGCCUUUCCCCUGCAGCAGAAAAGCCGGCAGGGGAUGGGUGGAUCUUAGACCUCCGUCUCCUCGGCCUCGCCAGACAGAGUGCCAGAAUCCAGAUUGUCGUUUCGGCCUCACCAAGCAGAGCAUUCGAGGCAGGCCGUACACCCGGCCCGCAGACGGCGUCAGCUUCGAGCAUUGUGUCUUUUGCUCUGCGGCAGCAUUCGAAGCGGCUCUGCAAGAGAGAGCAGGACGUCAGAUCAAGAGAUGGCUGGGUCAGUUGGCCAACGCCAACGACGGCCGUCACAACGAGGCGCUCCAGCGCAUUGAGGAAAUGCAUGGAGCACAUAUGGUGGAGCGCUUUGCUCCAGAGCAGCCCAAACGGAAUGCCCUUCCUCGAAGUUCCUGGAAGAGCUGUUUGGCGUACCGCCAGGCUACUGUGCAAGUUUCCGACGCAGAUCGAGACGCCUAUAAGGCCCAACAGCGCCGGCAGAAGACGCGCUUGCAAAACAAAUUUCCGGCAGUUUAUGGAGAAGAUGCUCGAGAGGAGAGUCAUUGGAUGCCUUCCCGUGCCGUCGCAUUUCGUAAGUGGUGCCUCGAUGACUCGUGGCGUAUGUGCAGCUGCUGUGGGCGCAUGGUGCCACAAUGCUUUCGCGCCAAGCAUGCCAAGGGCAAGGCUACUGCAUCUCCCGAAUUCCCCGCCUGUGGAUACUGCAAAUCGAACGGGUCCACCGGAUACUGGGCUCCGACUCCGGCAGACAUCCCGGGGCGCCUGCGCAAGCUGUCUUCGCAAGUCGUCGAGGCUCUGAGGCCCUUCGACAUCCACACCGGUGGAGUAUUCCGGCCGCCCAACGGCUACUUGGUGCACAACGACAUGAUGCGGUUCUCCUUCAAAACCUCGUCGGUGGAAGACAACAUUGCCAAGCUCCCGAAGAAGCAGCGCAAGCGUGGACAGAAAGCGCUGGCGUAUCUCUUGCAGGACGACUGCCCUUCUCACUAUCGUCGGUUUUGGCAGCUGCACCAACGCAGCCUUUGGAGCAGGGCGAAAGCAAUCGAGCGAGGAGACAUCCGGUCCGGCACGCCCACGAAGCGACUGCCGACGAACUUCAUCGAGACAGUCGGCAUAGAAUGCGCUCUGUGGCCGCACCUGUACUGGUGUGUAGAGAUGACGGAGACCUACGUGCGAUCCCAAGAUGCCCGAAGACUGCAACGCCGUCGCAGGUUGCAAAUGGAGGACAGCAACAGCGAAGACGCAGACUUGGUCGACCCGGCGUCUGGAAGAGCAUCGCGACAAAGUGCCAAGGCCAGCUACCUGGCCAAAGCUCACUCCGCAGUGAUCGGCUACAGCACGGAUUCUCAGCUCCUCCACUUCGUCUAUGACCUUUGGCUAUUCACCACCAUCGGCGGGGCCAAAAACAGUGCCGGAACCGGCAGCAUACGGGAAGCUUUGGCGACAAAGCCCUACUCGCCGGAGAUGUGGCGCACCUACCAUGCGGCGCUGGUGGACCUGCAGAGGCAGAUAGGGUGGCCGAGCCUUUUCAUCACGGUCGCCCCUUACGAAUGGUCUUUCCCAUACCACCAGUGGCUGGAGGACGAACUCACGAAGACCCUGAGCGCCAGACUCGAGAUGCCCGUGGCAGAGACGUUGCAUUUGGCUCACAUCCUCACUCAAGCAGUGAAAGGUCUUCUCACCGGGGCCAAUGAAGGGUUGCACCCAAAACGAGAACACGUUUUCUGCGCCGCCGACGGACCUGGCAAGGUUCGUCACUGGGUGGCCAGGCUGGAGUUUCAAGACGGGAAGCGCAAACGUCAUGUCUUUCGAGAUGGUCAGUUUUACCACGGACGAGGUGCUCUCCACGUGCACAUCCUUCUCUGGCUGAAGGACAUGCAAUGCAUGGACCUGUCCUCCAAAAUUCGAGCCGAUAUGCCGGGCGAGGACGAGAAGGAGAUGCGCGACCUCGUGGUGGGCUCGCAGCUGGACUACACCUCGAGUGGAUGGCCGGUUCGCGAGGAGCCCACCAAAGUGAUAGAGGCAGAGCAGCGACUGCAGCUUCACCACCCGCAGGAAGCUUUUCAACGAAGAUGUCGCGCCUAUCUGCCAGACGUACUGGCUGCCCUUCACUGCCACGUGGAUGUGCUGGCAUCGGAUGGACGAGCCAUGGUGUUGAAGUACUGCACCAGCUACCUGCCGAAAUUCAGCAGCUCAUUCGCGACAGAGCUGCUCAACAACGAGGCGACCGACUUCUCUUUGGCAAGGCGAGUUCUAGCGGAUUACCAUCCGCUCCAACCGGAAAUGAUCAUGCAGCUCGCGGCACAACAGCAUCCGCAGUUUCUCUGUCCCGCGACUGUGCGCAAGUUCGUAGUUCCUGUUCCGUGGCAGAAAGACUUGCCGCAGAUCGUGCAGAGCUACAUGUCGAGCACGUGGAGGCGAGACAACAUGAGCCUCCUCGACUUUCUGCGUAAGUCGGGAGCCGACGGGCAAAUUUCGCAGAGGUAUCGUCGCACGCACAGCGCGAGCAAGAUCGGCAUGCCCCUCAACGAUUGGAUCAAUGUCCACCCGGCAGAUGGCAAGACUUUGGUCGCCAGCAUGAUGUAUGCCCACACCAACGAUCGCCACUACGGCCAAUGGCUGCUGCUCAACAUGCCCUUCCGCGCCAUCGACGACCUCUGGCACCCGCAGGCGGACCUCCUGCCAGAUAACCUGCGCUAUUUGGGUCUUUGUGUUCUGCAUCGCCCUCGCUUUUGGCGAAGUCCCGAGCAAAUCCGCUCCGAACUAGAAAAGGAGGCCCGAACCAACACGUACAUUCAAAACACGCUCGCCAUGCUGGCAGCGAGGAUCGAGCUGAUCGACGCCUACCUCUCCGGGGAAAUGACGGUAGACAAGACACCGGCCCCCGCGCUGCACGGCGUUGCGAACGUGGCUGGAGAGGCAAUUCAACUGGCGCCGGAGCAGGCAAAUGUCGUAAACACCAUUAGCGACCGAGUCCGACACGCGUUGCUGGCGAAAUGGCCUGAAGAUCGUGAAGUCGACGGUUGGGCCACUUGGCUGGAGCACGACGUUGCUGUCAACAUAGCAACAGUCGUACUGGGACCGGCCGGAAGCGGAAAGAGCACGGCGGUAGAGAUCGCUUUGGAUCGAGCCGUGCAAGCAGGUGCUCACGUUGGAGUGGCGUGUCCAACAGGUAUGCUGGCCACCCGAUACAGAGCCCGCCACCCUCACCUGGACAUCGACACCGUGCAUGGCAUGUUCGCGUUGCACAAAGACGAGCUCGCAACCGCAGAUAUGAUGAAGCUCUACGACCUGCUCGUUAUCGACGAGAUUGGACAGCUUCCGACUUGGAUCUUCGACAGGCUGCUUCGACUCUGGGAUGCUGCCGACAGGCGACCAGCUUUGGUGUUCGUGGGCGACUUCUGCCAGCUGACGGGGGUGGAUGACACCACGGCAAGAGACAGCCCGAGAUGGAAGGACAUGCACAUCUUGAACCUGCGAGAGAUGCGUCGUUGCAAGUGCGAGCGACUGAGAUGGAAGUUGCAACUGCUGCGAAGUGCGAUACCUAGCGGGGAACAACUAAGAAAGAUUCUGAAAGGCCAUCGCGCAAAUCUUCGAAGUCGACCUGGUGCCGGCAACAGAAUCAGUCCGGAUGACGUCAGAGUCAUUCUGAAGGAGACCCCCAACACCACAUUGGUAACGAUUUCCCGGAAAGGAUCCGCCCGACUCAAUCAGUUCGCAUUGCAGGCUCUCUUUGCAAACGCAGAAGUCCUGGAUUUCAUACCGUGUGAUCCCCAGGAGAACUUCGAGAAUUUCUAUGGCACACAGCAGGUGGAUGCGCAGCCCUUCUGGAUGCCGGUCUACGAAGGCAUGCGCGUGACCAUCACCAGGAACACGGACAAGGAGAACGGCUUCGUCAACGGCAUGAGCGCAACUGUUCAGUGUAUGAGGCGAAGUGGCGUACAGGUGAAAACCGACGAGGGCAAGAUUCUCCUGAUUCACCCGAUCAUGCACGAAAACUACUUGUUCGACGGAUCCUACCGCAAAACGACCGCCUUCCCCUUGCGUUUGGGUUACAGCACGACAUUGCACAAGGUUCAGGGAGCCACUUUGCCCCACAUUACCCUGUGGAUGAACGUUCCCUUCAUCCGUGCAGCUCUGUAUGUCGCCCUGUCACGAGUACAAUAUGAUCGUGAUUGGCGUUUCAUAGGCUCUAUCGAUAGGCGACAUUGUCUGCCGGCAGCAAUAUGA